AUGCCUGCUAAUCUCACCAUCACGUAUUUCAACCCCACCACGUUGACACUGAUUGGGAUCCCUGGGCUAGAGGAUGUGCAGGUCUGGAUCGCCAUCCCAUUCUGCGUCAUGUAUAUCCUUGCUGUCACUGGAAACUGCACCCUCCUAGCAAUAAUCAAAACAGAGCGCAGCCUCCAUGAGCCCAUGUACAUAUUCUUGGCUAUGUUGGCAGGGACGGAUUUGGUUUUAUCCACUUGCAUAUUGCCCAAGAUGCUAGGCAUCUUCUGGUUUGGCUCCAGGGACAUCAGCUUCAAUGCCUGCCUAGUCCAGAUGUUUUUUAUCCACACCUUCCAGGCUGUAGAGUCAGGGGUGCUGCUAGCAAUGGCUUUUGAUCGCUAUGUAGCCAUCUGUAAUCCCCUGAGACAUUCAAGCAUCUUCACAACCCAAGUGCUCUUCAGAAUUGGGAUCCUGUUGGUCAUGAGGCCAACGGCAUUGAUCAUUCCAAGUAUCUGUCUGAUUAAGAGACUGCAUUUCUACAAGAGCACUGCCAUUUCCCAUGCCUACUGCGAGCACAUGGCCGUAGUGAAGUUGGCGGCCGUGGAUGUCAGAGUCAACAAAGCUUACGGCCUGUUUGUCGCUUUCACAAUCCUGGGUGUUGAUAUCAUCUUCAUCACUGUGUCUUACAUCCUGAUCUUGAGGGCCGUCUUCAGGCUGCCACAGAAGGAAGCACAUCUCAAGGCUUUCCAUACCUGCACCGCACACAUCUGUGUCUUUCUCGAGUUCUACACCCUGGGCUUCUUCUCUUUCUUUGCACACAGAUUUGGGCACCACGUGGCUCCCUACAUCCACAUCCUUCUGUCCAGCCUCUACCUCCUGGUGCCCCCGCUGCUGACCCCCAUCGUGUACGGUGUGAACACCAAGCAGAUCCGGCAGCAGGUUUAUCUCACUUUGGGUUUCAGUCACCUCAGGAUCAGCUAA